AACGAUGUAGUGAAAGUUUCAAUAAAAAAUGUAAAUUUGAGAAUUUUUGUUUAUAUAUUAUUUAAAAAAAUUGGAGAGUAUUGGUCAAUUUUUCACUGAUCUAUGUUCAUCGCCGGCCAUGCAUUCACGUUUCUGGAAGAAAUAAUAAAAAUAGUAUAUUGACAAAUAAAAAGGUUUUAUUAUUAAUAUAAGAGAAAAUUGAAGUCUAUGAUAAAUUAUUAACAUAGCAAACACUCGGUAUUAGAUUUGAUUCAGUUGGCGCGCCAGUUUAAGAACCAGGUUUUAUAGUGUGUCCAAUGUCAAUCACAUGUCUUGUCUUUUUAAAAGCAGAACAAGAUAGGAUUGGAUAGGAUCCUCCCACUAGCUGGCUCAUUAGCAUAGGUCCAUUAUUUUUAUAUUCUCACCACUCAAAACACUAUUACUACUAUAGUUGAUGUACGUUUUACGCGACUAUCCACUAUUUUUUUUUUGUGACACCUCCACUAUACAAAAAUCGAUUAAUACAUAUUUAUUUACAUAAACUUUAUUUAGGUCACAAGAUUUAUCAAAUGCAUCACCCUAGACCGUUGGAUGACCCAGCUUGGAUCUACUAACAAUAUAGUGUAUAUCUUUUUAUUUAUUAAAAAUAAUAAGAUAUAUAUCAUCUUUAUUUCCUAUUUUGUUGUUUUUAAAAAAAUCCUAUUUCGUUUGAUUCAUUAAAUUUCACGUACAUGCUAUAGCAUAUAGUGUAGCCGAGUAUAUACGGAUAUGCGCAUUUUUAUAAGCAUAUGUACAGGUGCAGGUCUAAUAUAAAUUCACAUAGAACAGUAUGAAAAUUUAUCAAUUCAUAUAAUAAAAACUAUCUCAUUUUAGUUCUAGAAAACAAUGCGCCACCUUUUAGCUUCAUCCGUUCGUUAGCCCAAACGUAACAAAAACUGGUCAAAGGGGAGGCGCCAACGGUUUAGAAACAACAAUUGCUCAAAGAAACUGUUACGUUGUUAAAUCUUUUUUCAUUUUUUGUUAAUUUAACAUUUGACCUUUUUUUUUGUUGAGAAGAAACAAAAAACAGAUAGAGAAAACCAAAUCUUCAGCGUAACAAAUAAAAGCAAAGUUGAUAUGAAAAGUUUUGAGAACAGGUCAUUCCCUUUCAUAACUUAUACUUAUCAUCAUCCUCAUGAACGAAUCUCUAGCACUAACUCCUGCGCCUUGGCCAGCAAUUAGCAAGGUCGAAGUUUGUUACCGAGCUUUCUUCAACAUCUCUUCUUACGGAAUCUUGGAAAACUAUGAAACUCCGAGUGUCAUCUUCGGAUACGCAUUGCCUCUUCUUGAGUUGCAGAUCAUUAUCAUCUUCGUUUUAAUAGUGUUAUCUCAUAUGUUCCUUAGAUUUAUUGGCGUACCACAGUUCGUUUCUUACAUGUUUACGGGGUUGCUUCUGGGACGUCACCUAUUUGAUCUUCAGGACUUUUCUUCCCACCAUUUAUCGUUAGACGUGGCGUUAGAUGGUAACAUAGCGUUAGAAGGUGUGGCCAACUUGGGUUUAAUAAUGUUCACGUUCUUGAUGGGCGUGAAGACCAACAAAAGAGCCGUGUUUCAUAUCGGUAAAGGCACGGUUGCGAUCGCGGUUUUGUCCUUUGUGGUGACUAUGACCGCCGGAUUAGCCUUUAGAAACUUCCAGCUAGACAAGGCCGACCCUCUCUAUAUGCCUCUGAAACUGGCUCCAACAGAACGCACCGUGAUUGUAUCAGUUCAAGCGUUAACGCUGUUACCCGUAAUAACGCACCUGGUAUAUGAGCUUAAGAUUCCAAACUCGGAGCUCGGCCGCCUCGCCAUAUCUAUUGCAACGAUUAAUGAUCUCCUAGGAUUUAUCACUCUGCAAUGCGUUUCCUACGUAGCAUCAUACAGGUAUGUAUCGCCUAGAAUAGCCAACCGCGAUGCACUGGCAAUGACCAUCUUAAUCCUUGUGAUCCUAUUCAUCAUCAAGCCUACGGCUCAAUGGAUAUUCGACACAAGUCCAGAAGGCAAACCCGUACGGGAACUCUAUGUAUACGGAACAAUUAUGACCGCAAUCGCUGCGAGUAUUUGCACAACUUAUUUCCACCAAGUCCACGUUUUAGGAGCUAUAUUGGUCGGGAUGGCCAUCCCAGACGGUCCACCUCUUGGGUCUGCGUUAGAAGCCAAGUUUGAGGGAUUGGUUACAAACAUAUUUUUACCGAUUUCAAUAGUGGUAAUGACCAUGAAAGCUGACAUUUCAAAGGUAUUGUACGCGUUCGAUGACAUAGCCAUUAACAUAUUUUUGGUGGGUUUCACAUUGGUCGUCAAAUGGACUGCUACUUUUGGGUCUUGCUUGAUCUUCAAGUUACCUACUAACGAAUCUAUUAUCCUCGCCAUUAUGAUGAACUAUAAGGGUUUCGUCGACUUAUGCUUCUUUGAAGGAGCCGCGAAUCAUCGGAAUCUAUCGCAAGCCACUCACACGUUCAUGAUAAUAUACGUUCUUUUGAUCGCGGGAGUUUUACCUACUACUGUGAAAGCACUGUACGAUCCAAAGAGGAAGUAUAUAGGAUACGUCAAGAGAGACAUCAUGCAUCUGAAACCAAACUCAGAUCUCAAGAUCCUAACAUGUUUGCACAAACCGGACAACAUCUCUGGCGUGCUCUCGCUGCUACAACUGCUCUCUUUCACUCCUGACGGCGAGAGUAAUAAAGACAGAGGAGUCAUCGCUGUCACAGCAUUACACCUCGUGAAACUCGCUGGAAGUUCGUUUCCAAUCUUGAUACCACACGACAAGCGGACUAAACCCCAGUUGCAUCAAAACACUUACAUUCAAACAAUGAUGCUCGUGUUCUCCGAGUUUCAACAAGAGAAUUCGGCAUCUACGACUGUUAGCUUCUUCACAGCUUACUCUCAAGAGGAUCUAAUGGAUCAUGACAUUUGCAAUCUUGCUUUAGACCACCACACAUCGAUGAUCAUCGUCCCUUCUGGACGAAAAUGGUCACCUGAUGGAUUAUAUGAAUCUGACGAUAAUGUGAUCAGAAGUGUGAACGCUUCUCUCCUCGACCGUGCUCCCUGUUCUGUAGGUGUACUCAAUGACCGAAGCUACCGCACCAAGAAAAAGAUUAACGGUACCGUUAACGUUGGUGUGAUCUUCAUUGGAGGUAAAGAUGAUCGCGAGGCCAUCUCGCUUGCGAAAUGGAUGAGACAGAAUCCGAGAGUGAGUCUCACGGUGAUCCGGUUUUUAUCUGGUCAAGAACCAGACAAGAAUAAGAAUUGGGAUUACCUUGUUGAUAAUGGGGUCUUAAAUGAUUUGAAAGAAACAUAUGCAUCCUCUGAGAAUUUCGUUUAUGCGGAGAAGAUAGUCAACGGUGGUCCCGCGGUGGCCACCGCCGUAAGAUUGGCGGCGGAAGAUUAUGACUUGAUGAUUGUAGGGAGAGGUCGCGACUAUGAUUUGCUGGAUGUCUCGGGUUUGGCGGAAUGGAUGGAGCUUCCGGAGUUAGGAGUCAUAGGAGAUUUGCUUGCAUGUAAAGAUCUAAAAACUAGGGUUUCUGUUUUAGUAGUUCAACAACAGCAGCAACAUGAGUGAGUGUAGUUGUGUAACCUGUCAAUGAUUUGCUUGCAUGUGAAGAUCUAAAUUACAUGAACAAAUUCAUUUCUUCUCAUCUUGUUUUGAUUUAAAAGUCCAUGAUUCCUAACUAAAAGUUAUAGUAUACGUACUAAUAACAACAAAACUAUAAUUUUCACCAUAAUAAUUUGCGCAAAUGAUUUGUCCCACUCCGAUAAAGACUUAGUGACCACUGCCGAAUAAUUUUUACCUGUCAUGCCAGAGUCAUUGCUUCUCUUUCGUCUUUACCGCUAAGUAAGAUCAUACAGAUUGCAGACUUUGUAGGAUAAGACCAUGCGCAGCAGGGGUUUUAGUGAGGUUCAUGGGCUCGAGUUCUAAGGGGCCGAUGAAUAAAAGAAAAUAAAAAAUGGGUUUGUUUUGAUGAACCGGGCCUUACGAGUGAUAUCGUAUGAAGCGGGUUCAAGCCACGCGUCGUGUGUUGAUUUGUUGAACGAAAGCGCGUAGAGGAGGAGGAAAGUUGGGCUUCCCCGUGUAUCGACUCAUUUGCUCUUCUCGACCAAAAAGCUAGGGUUUCGUUGUGAGAGGCGAUUUCUCGUGCGACGCCGUCUCCCGGAGGUUUUCUCGUUCUAAUCGACGACGGAGUGUCUUUUCCACUUGCUCAGAUGGAUCCCUCAGAAGAGAGAAAGCAUUCAAAGAGGCAAAAGGACUACAUCAACAUGCUUUCAUACACUUGCGAUUCAGAAUACGGGAUUCCGAGAAGGUGUUCCUGUGGUGGGAGAAUCAUCGACGAGGUUCGAGUGAAGCAGGAGUACGACACUCUUCCUGGGAAGCGUUUCUUCACCUGUGCCAACUACGAGGCUGAUGGGUUUCACUAUCGUCAGCCUUGGGUGAUUGGUGUCCAGGAGCAGAUCGAAAGCUUGACUAAGCGUCUGGAGGAGGCUGAGGAGGUGAUGAAGUUCGUACCGAGUCUGAAAAAUCAGAUUGAGACACUAGAGGUUAGUAAACAAAUUUUUUUUUUGUGUCACAUUUUUCUCUACAUAUUUUUUUUAAUAACUUAUUAUGUGAAUAAGACAUUUUCAUUGUUGUUUCCAUGUGCAGGCACAUGCUAAAGGGCUCACUCGGCAGGUUGACCGCCUCACUGCGGAGGUUUAUAACCUCACGGUGCAAGUAGCUGACCUGGAGAAGCUCUGCUUCGAAUAACCACCAAAGGUUAGACUCUAUCUUAACUGAACUAGAACUACGCGUUUUGGUUGCUUCGUAGCUAGACGUUAACUAGAACUGAAGUAGGUUGAGUAGAGCUUUAAAUGAUCUGAACUAGCUAGAGUAUAACUCGUACUUGAAUUUUCUUUAUCAUUCAUUGUUGUGUUUGUUGGUUAAAGUUUAAAAACUGUUCGAGUUAAAUAAACCUGAUUUGAUGUGUAAUGAAUGCUAACUGUGAAUAAGUUGUUGUGUAUUUAAAUUUAGUUGUUGUGUAAUUAACUGUGGUUGUUGUUGUGUAAUUAACCUAAGUGAAACUAGUUUAAAACAUAGGGAAUCCACUUAUAAAAACACAAACAAUCCACCCUUAAAAAUCACUAAAACCUAUAAACAUCAAACAAAACCAAAACAGAAAAUGGACCCUUUUUCCCUACACUCUCCCGGGUUUGUUAACCUGUUAGCCUCACAGAGCAUUCCACCACUAGACGUAGACUCUGCUGAGGCAGCUGUUACCUCUUCCGGGUUAGUUAAACCAGUGGAAAGGAGAAAGUGGUCAACCAAAGAAGAUAUUGUGCUGAUCAGUGCUUGGUUGAACACCAGCAAGGAUCCCAUUGUCAGUAAUGAACAGAAGUUAGGAUCCUUUUGGAAGAGGAUAGGGGAGUAUUUCAAUUCGAGUCCUCACCUCUUUGGCUCCCUUCCAAGACACUGGAGUCAAUGUAAGCAGAGGUGGGGAAGGGUGAAUGCGGAGGUCUGCAGGUUUGUGGGAUGCCAUGAAAGUGCGCUGAAGGAGCAAUCGAGUGGCCAAACAGAGAAUGAUGUCAUGAAGGCUGCACAUGACAUCUUCUUCAAUGACUAUAAUGUCAAGUUCACUCUUGAACAUUGCUGGAGGGAACUUCGGUUCGAUCAGAAAUGGAGAUCACACUCUCAGCCGAAGGAGAAAAGUAAGGAAGGUGGUCCGCAAGUGGUGGCUGACGAGGAAGAGGUUAGGCCUCCGGGUGUUAAAGCUAGCAAAGCUGCCAAACGCAAGAAGCCAAACGAAGCAGCUUUUGAUCGGAUACAAACCAUUCUAGCUCAGAAAAACACCCUAUCCAAACAAAAGAUCCUAGAUCGCCUCUUAGCCAAAAACAUAGAUACACUUUCUGAUCAUGAAAUGGCUCUUAAGAAUAAGUUAAUCUCUGAAAUGCUUUGAUUUGGUUAGUGUAUUAGCUUGUUUUUGUUUAUUCAAUCUGUUUUCCUUUCUUUGAGUAGUAGCAGUGUAUUUGGUUAGUGUAUUAGCUUGUUUAUUGAUUCUGUUCUCUUUUGUUUUGCAGGUCACGGGUUGGAAGGCCAGGGUGUUACAGGUCACGGGUUGGAAGGUUGCGGGGUGUUGCAGGUGAAGGAUUUUGUUUGUUUCUAUAUGUUAUUUUCGGAUACUUUAAGCCACGGGUAGUAGGACUUUAUGUCAGUUUUUAAUCCCGGAUGUAAACAGAUGUACUAUGUAUAGGACUUGAUGUCUUUUGCUGUUGAUUCACGGAUGUAAAAUAUGUUGAUUCACGGAUGUAAAACAAUGUCUCUCUCUAUAUAAACUAUGUCUUUCAGUUUGGUUAUAAAAUGUGCAUCACUUCUCUUCUCUAUGUCUGUCUCUUAUUAUUACAACUGAGAAAAGCACACAAAGAAACUGUCUCACUUCUCUUCUCUUGUCUCUCUCUCGUUAUCACCUCUCUUCUCUUGUCUCUUCUCUUCUCUUGUCUCUCUCUUCUCUUCUCUUGUCAACAAACUGUGGUAACAAUCUGUAACAACAACCUUCAAGCAAGCUGAUCGUGGUGCUCAAACAUCAAACUUGAAGCUUCAAACUUCUCUCUUGUAGUAGUGAAUUCAACAACAAACUUCAAGCUCCAAAUCAAGGUAAGUGAUAAUGCAAAAAGAUGAUAUAAUGUAAAAAAAUAUAGCUUAUGAAAAAAUAUGAUAGAAUAAUGCAAAAAAAAAUUAGAUUUUGAUAAAAGAUAAUAUAAUGUGAA